AUGGAAAACACGUACGAGACGCCGAUGGCCGGAGAGUACGACUUGACCUCCGGGGACGCGACCUACGACCUCCUGCUCAGCCCGGUCCCGGACUCUACGAUCUACGAGUCCGUGUACGAAGAGCCCUACAACCUGGGGGCCCAGUACGAGAACACAGGGGGCCCCAGGAUCCCCGGCCCCCCCUCACUGCCUCCGCCACGGCCGCCCCUGGCAGAUCGCAGACGGGACAGUGCUGCCUCCUCUUCCUCCUCCUCCUCAUCCUCCUCUUCCUCCUCCAAGUCAGACAGAGGUGAUGAAGAGGAGCAGCUGCAGAGUCAGGUCUCCACCAUGGACCUGUCCUCAGACCAGGCCAGAGAGGAAGAGGAGGAGAGGAGCCGGAGGUCUUCAUCAUCCUCUUCAUCCUCCUCUUCAUCAUCAUCAGCUUCAGAGAAAGAGGAGAAGAAGAAACCGGAGCCAGAGGCGCCGCAGAUCUCCCUCUACACAAAGUCAUUUAACGAUCGAAACACAAAACUACAGACCAAGAACCCAGGCCCAGACCAGGAACCCAGGCCCAGACCAGGAACCCAGGCCCAGACCAGGAACCCAGGCCCAGACCAGGAACCCAGGCCCAGACCAGGAACCCAGGCCCAGACCAGGAACCCAGACCCAGACCAGGAACCCAGGCCCAGACCAGGAACCCAGGCCCAGACCAGGAACCCAGGCCCAGACCAAGAACCCAGGCCCAGACCAGGAACCCAGGCCCAGGCCAAGAACCCAGGCCCAGAGGGACCAUUCCCUCACCUCCCUCCUCCCCCUCACCCCAGCCCUCACCUCCCUCCUCCCCCUCACCCCAGCCCUCACCUCCCUCCUCCCCCUCACCCCAGCCCUCACCCCAACCCUCACCUCUCUCACACCUCCCUUCUCUCCCUCACCUCCCUCACCCCAGCCCUCGCUCUCCUCAUGGGGGUUAUUUUUGGCCAGUCCCGCCUCGGCCUCUGUCACACACACAGUCCUGGGACCGUCCUGUUUAGACCCUGGACCUGUUUAGACCCAGGACCUGUUUAG